AUGAAGCGACAUCGUUCUACAUCGACUGGCAGGUUCAUUUCAGCUUCCAAAAAGAAAAGAAUCGACGUAUUUAAAGCAAACAACGUAAGAAAGAUUAUUAAUGACCACUCAUAUUCAUCUAAGCUGUGUGAUCAUGGUGAUAAUGACUCUGACAUCGCUGAGUGUUUACCGGUAGUUGAUGAUAGCGAGGAGAACAGUUACGCAUCUGGUGAUAGUUUAGAUCGACAGAUUGACAAUGUUAACGAUACAACAGAGAUAAGCUGGCGGCAGGGAAGGCGAAUAGUGGAGUUGGGGUUUAUUGUAGACAAACUCUCUGAAGGCUGUUCUGUGUUACACAGUGGUAUAGGGGAAAGAAAGUUGUCCAACUUAUUGUCGACACUGAGCAUUCCACCAUGUUCCAAAACAACACUGAAGAAAAGAGAAAGAGAAAUAGGUGAAGCCCUUGAAGAUAUAGCACGUUCCAGCUGUGCUGAUGCUGCUGUCAGAGAAAAAGAUCUCACAAAAGAAUCUUCAAUAUCUGCAUCGUUUGAUGGUGGCUGGCAAAAGCGUGGAUCUGGCAAAUCCUACAGUAGCUUAUCUGGCCAUGCUGCCUUCAUUGGACAUAAGACUGGUAAAUGCAUUGCAUUUUCAACAAGGAAUAAAUACUGUAGAAAGUGUGACAGCGCAUUGAAGAAAGGAUGUGAUGUAAAAGAACAUGAUUGUAGAAAGAACUGGGAAGGUAGCUCCAAGGCUAUGGAAUCAGACAUGUGUAUAUCUAUGUUGAAAAAUCUAGAGAGCAAUGACGUGUGUGUUGGAACGAUCAUCAUGGACAAUGACUCUACAACGAUAUCUAAAGCUCGUUCAGAAGUGAAAGCGGACCUGAAAAAGCAGUGCGACAGAAAUCACCUUCUGAAAGACUUUACAAAUAAACUUUAUGACAUCAGAAAAGCCAAAAACUUCAGGGAACUCACACCAAAAACAAUUUCACACAUAUCAAAGUGUUUUCGAUACUGUGUAUCACAAAAUCAGGCGGAUACAGAGAAAAUGAAGAAAAAUUUAUUAGCACUGGGAAAACAUGUCUUUGGAGAUCAUUCAUAUUGUGGUUCAUGGUGUGGAUAUUUGCAGAAUCCAUUGAAGUACAAGCCAAAACAUCUUCCUUACAGCAGGUACCUUUGCGAUGAAAAGUUGAAGAUCACCCUUAUGGAUCUGCUGCAUAAAUAUUCCAGUGAUGCUGAUAAGUUAACCCAUCUAGGGAGUUCUCAGGCUAAUGAGAGUCUCAACAAUGCCAUUUCCAGCAAGGCUCCUAAAACCAAUUUCUUCUCUGGAUCAGAAAGCAAUGACUAUCGAGUUGCAGCAGCCAUUGCGCAAAAGAACAUUGGCUAUGGAUAUGUGACUGAUGUGUGUCAAUCUGUGAUGUUAUAA